GAUGUCACUCCCUAGUCCCAACAAGGAGGAGGUGCAUGGAAGGCUGGGGGAAGAAACAAGAUCCUCAGCUGAGUAAGAACAUCCCAGCAUCUUCAUUGACUUUAAACGUAUAUUCUGGAGUCUUCUGUGGUUCACUAUUCCAGAGCUUCGGAGGUUCUCCAAUUUUAAGAAAGAUGAGCUGCCUGGAAUUACAAAUGGGCAGGACUUUUAUAUUCACUCUUUCAACAGAAAAUUACUAAGCACCAGCUUUAAAGAGUCCUUAUAUAUUACAUGGCAGGAGGGGUGGGUAGACUUAGGGAUAGUGAAGACACCAAUAAGGCUCAUUCGGAGUCUUCCUUGUAUCUCAAAACCCAUCCUCAAUAAGGAUGGCGGAUAGGGUUGACUGGUUACAAAGUCAAAGUGGCGUUUGCAAAGUUGGUGUCUAUUCACCUGGAGACAACCAACAGCAAGACUGGAAAAUGGAUGCAUCAACAGAUCCUGUCCGAGUGCUCAGCUGGCUCCGCAAAGACCUGGAGAAAAGUACAGCAGGGUUCCAGGACUCGAGGUUCAAGCCUGGAGAGACUUCAUUUGGGGAGGAAGUGGCUUACCCAGUGGACCAACGAAAAGGUUUCUGUGUUGAUUAUUACAAUACCACCAACAAGGGCAGUCCAGGGAGAUUGCAUUUUGAGAUGUCUCACAAGGAGAACCCUCCCCAGGGCCUCAUUGCCCAUGUUGGAAAUGGAGGUUCCAUAGACGAAGUUUCCUUCUAUGCCAACCGCCUCACAAACCUAGUGAUCGCCAUGGCCCGAAAGGAGAUCAAUGAGAAGAUCCAUGGCACUGAAAACAAAUGUGUCCAUCAGUCAUUGUAUAUGGGGGAUGAGCCCAUCCCCCACAAAAGCUUGAGUACAGUAGCCUCUGAGCUCGUGAACGAGACAGUCACUGCAUGUUCCAAGAACAUUGCCAGUGACAAAGCUCCCGGCUCUGGAGACAGGGCUUUGGGGUCAUCACAGGGCCCUGGUCUAAGAUACACAAGCACUCUGAAGAUCAAGGAGAGUACGAAGGAAGGCAAGUGUCCAGACGACAAGCCUGGUUCUAAGAAGUCUUUCUUCUAUAAGGAAGUGUUUGAAUCUCGGAAUGCAGGAGAUGCCAAGGAGGGUGGGAGGUCCUUACCUGGAGAUCGAAAACUGUUCAGGAGCAGCCCGGACAGGCCUGAUGACUUUUCAAACUCUAUCAGUCAAGGGAUCAUGACCUAUGCCAACAGUGUAGUGUCUGACAUGAUGGUCUCCAUCAUGAAGACGCUGAGGAUCCAGGUGAAAGACACAACCAUUGCCACUAUUCUGCUGAAGAAGGUGUUGAUGAAGCAUGCAAAAGAGGUCGUCUCCGAUCUCAUCGACUCCUUCAUGAAGAACCUCCACAGUGUCACAGGGAGCCUCAUGACUGACACAGACUUUGUCUCAGCCGUGAAACGAAGUUUUUUUUCUCAUGGAAGCCAAAAGGCCACAGAUAUCAUGGACGCCAUGCUGGGCAAGCUAUAUAAUGUGAUGUUUGCCAAGAAAUACCCUGAGAACAUCCGGAAAGCCAGGGACAAAUCUGAGAGUUACUCCCUUAUCUCCAUGAAAUCACGGGCUGGGGACCCAAAGCUCCCAAACUUGAACUUUGCGAUGAAAUCAGAAUCAAAACUGAAAGAAAAUUUGUUUGCCACAUGCAGACCUGAGAAAGAGAAGACGUGUGCUGAAACUCUGGGCGAGCAUAUUAUUAAGGAGGGACUGAACAUGUGGCACAAGAGUCAGCAGAAAUCUCCUGGCUUGGAGCGAGCUGCAAAACCGGGUACCACUGCUCCACCGGAGGUCUCCUUUGAGUGCCCGGAUCCUAGCGAAGCAAUCCCUCCUCACCAACCUCAGCCACCAGAGAAUUUUGAAAAUUUUGUGUGUGAAUCAGACUCCUGGGCCAAGGACCUGAUUGUUUCCGCCCUGCUUCUGAUUCAGUACCACCUGGCACAGGGAGGAAGGAUGGAUGCUCAGAGCUUCCUGGAAGCUGCUGCCAGCACCAAUUUUCCCAACAAGCAGCCUCCUGUAGUUCACGAAGAGUGCAAACUUAAGCCUCCUCCCCAUAAGAUAUGUGACCAAGAACAAACAGAAAAGAAAGAUCUGAUGAGUGUCAUCUUCAAUUUUAUCCGGAACUUACUCAGCGAGACCAUAUUCAAGGGUAGCCGUAACUGUGAAUCCAAGGUACACGAGCAGACCAUUAAGGAAGAAGAGAUCAACCUGUGUGAAAGGCCUAUGACUCCAUGUGAAAGGCCUAUUACCCCGCCUGCCCCGAAAUUCUGUGAGGAUGAGGAGCCCACUGGUGGUCCCUUAUCUGGGCUAACCAAGAUGGUCGCCAACCAGCUAGACAGCUGUAUGAAUGGGCAGAUGGUGGAGCACCUGAUGGAUUCAGUGAUGAAGUUAUGCCUCAUUAUUGCCAAGUCCUGUGACUCUCCCUUGUCGGAGCUGGGAGAUGAAAAGUGUGGGGAUGCCAGCCGGCCAAAUUCUGCCUUCCCAGAUAACUUAUACGAGUGCUUACCAGUCAAGGGCACAGGGACAGCUGAAGCCCUCCUACAGAAUGCCUACCUUGCCAUCCAUAAUGAACUGAGAGGUUUGUCAGGACAGCCACCCGAGGGCUGUGAAAUCCCCAAGGUGAUCGUCAGCAACCACAAUCUGGCUGAUACCGUUCAGAACAAGCAGCUGCAAGCUGUCCUUCAGUGGGUGGCUGCCUCAGAGCUCAAUGUCCCUAUUCUGUACUUUGCUGGUGACGAUGAAGGAAUCCAGGAGAAGCUGCUUCAGCUCUCAGCCACUGCUGUGGAGAAAGGCCGCAGCGUCGGGGAGGUUCUGCAGUCGGUGCUGAGGUACGAGAAGGAGCGACAGCUGGAUGAGGCAGUGGGAAACGUCACGCGGCUGCAGCUGCUGGACUGGCUGAUGGCAAACCUGUGAUUGGGGCCCACCCGGUGUUCCUGCAGUGGACCGAGUCCCCGCCCCCUCAGCCCCCUCCCCGCCGCACAGAGCCCUAAAUUUCCCUCCGUACCACCCACACUAGACACGCCAUCUAAUGCUACUCACUGGAUUUUGCAGAUUUUCUUGUCCAUGCGAGCAAGGACAUAAAUUAAAGAUUACAGUUAAAGGGCA